UUGGUCCUGGUUGGCUUAAAGAAAAAAACAAAUUGAUCUGAAAAUAAAAUAAAAUCGAUAGACGCGGCCUUGGCUUUUGAUCUAUGUUAUUAUUAAGGGCAUAAAAUAAAUGAACCUAUAUGUAAAGAUGUCUUUGUCAAUCCAGAUAAAGUAAAGUUCUAUUCAUGGAUUUCCUUCAAUGGACACCAAAAUGGCAUGUUUUGAUCGUUGUUACUGCGCAUGCUCUCUUUAAUUCAUACCCAUUACGGAUAUCUAAGCAUUGUUCGCUUACUCAGCAAACCUCACAUACGUUCAUAAUAAAUUAGACUAUUAUUACAACGAUUAAUUAGGAAUCUCAUUAGAGAAUCCUUUAUGCAGUCAAAUCUAUGGCGGACAAGUCUACAGGAAGUCAUCCAAUACCUAUAAUAUUGCGGUGCGUAUGUUUUAUGAAACAACUUUGCAGACAGCAGUAAAUUAAUUAGUUGUGAAAUAUGAGAAUACCAUUUGGUAUUGAAGUUAUACUUACAUCGCUCGCAAUAUCGGCGUCAUUUGGAUGCUAUUUGUUCCCUAGUGACGUGCCGGAUCCCUGUGUGGGUAUAACGUGCGGCCCAGGGGAGCUGUGCCGACCUUCGGCUGAUGCCAGCAACUACAGCUGCGAAUGCCCAGCCUCGUGCCCCAACUAUGGAGACCAUGAAGGUGCUCGGCCACUCUGCGCCAGUGACGCGCGCGAUUACUCUGGCGAAUGCGAAAUGCGACGCGCUGCCUGCCAAUCAAAUACCAAUAUCACUUUCAAAUACUAUGGGACUUGCGAUCCGUGUGCCGGUAUAACUUGUCCGGACCCAGAGGUUUGUCAACUGGAUGAAAAACGAUUGCCUUCCUGUCGUUGCGCGGAACCCUGCCCUCUGGAAUUUUCACCGAUUUGUGCGUCUGAUGGUAAAACCUACUCGAACGAAUGCCAAAUGCAUAGAGAGUCAUGUCGAGCAAGAAAACAGCUGAAGAUAAUAUUCAAAGGACAAUGUAGCUCUGGGUUAAACCCUUGUGCGGAGGUGGAGUGCCGGCACGGUGCGGAGUGUCGUGUGGAAGGUAGCGGUGCCGUGUGUGCGUGUCCGGCCGCGUGCGAGCCCGUGCUGCGGCCCGUGUGCGGCUCGGACGCUCGCACGCACGACAACGAGUGUGAGCUACAACGCGCCGCGUGUCUACUUGGCCGCGAACUGAAAGUGCUACAUGUCGGAGCUUGUGGAUCAAACGGCGUGUGCGCAGGCCGGGUGUGUCCGCACGGCGGUGAGUGCGUAGCGUCUGGCGCCCGCGGCGUAUGUGUGUGUCCUCGGUGUUCUAACGAGUUCGCUCCGGUGUGCGGGUCCGAUGGCAUCUCCUACGGGAACCGAUGUAAACUGCAACUUGAGUCGUGCCGCCAUCGGCGAGAUGUACAAGUCCUUUAUGAUGGACCUUGCAACGGUUGCGAAAAUAAAAAGUGUGAAUUUUACGCUGUCUGUGAAAGUGAUGGAGUGUCGGAAGCCAGUUGCGUGUGUCCCAAACAUUGUGAAGAAGGAACUGAAACCGAGGAAGUUUGUGGAAAUGAUAACAAAACAUAUAAAAGUGUUUGUUCUCUGCGCGACAAAUCGUGUAGGGAGAAGUUGCAUAUUUAUAUAAAACAUAUGGGAUCUUGUGAAUCCUGCCUCAGCGUCAAGUGCCCGAACGGAAUGUGGUGUUCGAGUGGAAAAUGUUCGUGUAACGCGAAUUGUGACGGGCACCUGCGCGAGCCGGUAUGUUCGGACACGCGGCGAACAUUCCCCAACGAAUGCUCGCUGUUGCAAGCCGCGUGCGAGGCGCGCAUGCGUGGUGAAACAGAAAUACAUGUCUCUUAUUACGGAGAAUGUGCUGAAGCUCAAGAUGACACACUUAAUAUGGGUAGGUUGCCUUGA